AAAAAAGCUGCUUUUUCCAUACCGUUCGCCUCAGUACCUAUCAAGAGCUUGAGUAGCGCGCACGUGUUUUCGAAGGUAGAUGAAAAUUCGAGUAUUUGUGGUCACUCGCUCACUCGAAAUUGAGUAAAGUUAUUUGCGUUUUUUACUUUUAUUUUAUUUCAAUAUCUACAUCGCUGUAAGCGCAUAUCAACGCAGCGGUGAAUUUCAAUUACAAUCAUGUAACAAUCAAUAGUUACAAUUGUAGUCAUCGAUAAGUUACCAUUCAAACAAUUAUCAGUUAUUGUUUAUUGAUUUGUGAUGAAUUGGGGAAGAAAGAUUGACGAGUGCAUCUAUUGUAAUUGAUGCAUGCUACGCUUUGAACGGGGUCAUAACUCUCUCACGAAACUGACGCAAUUCUUCGCUCGCAGCUGAUGUGAAUUUGCAGAAACCAAAGUUUCCAAAUACCAGGUUCACCGAAACCCGUGUUUCAAACGCAGUGUCUGACCGUCACGUGGUAUUCCCAUCUUAUCGACCACGGGAAUAACGCCCUAUGAUUUGCUGAAAUAGCAUCACGUGACACGAAACGUCAGAAAACCAGAAGCAAACUGCUGUCUGCUCCGUCCUCCUCCAGCGCAGCGUCCCACACAAACGUCGAACAAGUCGACGCAACUUGUCACAACCAAGUGCUUCGAGAACGCGGAGCUAAAGAACAAGUACCAAGGAAGUGGAGAAACAAAGGACAAGAUUGAUCCUUAUUCAUAUUUGAAAAGGCACUUUAAACUUAAACGGUUUUAAAUAAUCACCAUUUGUGUCGAGUUACUCAACCGUUUUGAAUAAAACGUCAUUGUUAAGCCUUUUUUUUUCAAAUUAAAUUUUAUUAUAAUUUACCAGUGGUAGACGGUGAGCAACUCGAAACUGAUUUGGAUGUAAAGAAUCGUGUGAGAACAAUUUUAUAAUAAAUCUUAGAUUCGCCUCAAGACAUCUCGAGGUUUUGACAGCUCUUGUCAAAAUGGUUGGGGUUAAUUUUGAAGAUUACUUGUGAACGAAAUUUACCGGCCUUCGAGAUACCAGUGAUACAUAUCUUUGUGGAAAUUGUAAACAAGGCUAUUGAUAUUCAUGAAUAAACAAGAAAAUUAAUACCCCUUAACGUUGGAUAGAACAAAUUAAACACAGAAACAAAUUACAAAAAGCUGGAACAUUUUUGAAGACAAUUAAAUAAUUACAGGCCUUUUUAUAAGGUCUUGAUAAACACAUAAUGUACAGCAUGAACUAUAUUGGAAAAUUCAUCAGCAACUUCAGGGAUUUUUACAAUGAAAUUAACGCUGCUACUCUUACCGGAGCCAUUGAUGUUGUAGUAGUUGAACAACCAGAUGGAUCCUUUGCUUGCUCGCCUUUCCAUGUCAGAUUUGGAAAACUCUGCGUACUUCGAUCCAGAGAAAAAGUGGUGGACAUAGAGAUAAAUGGGGAACCUAGACAGAUUCAUAUGAAGUUAGGAGACUCCGGGGAAGCAUUUUUUGUUGAAGAAGUUGGUUCAGGUGGUUCUCCAACUGAUACAGAAAUCCCACCGCAUCUUGCCUGCUCCCCGAUUCCACAUGACAGUUGCUUUCCACCACAGAGGGAGACUGGAACUUUGUUUAUCAGGUUCAACCUACUCUCAGAACUUCCUCAGGAACAACGAGAAAAAUUACUCCGAGAUUCAGUUCUCUCCAUCGAACGUGAAAAAUGGGAGGAGAUGUCAGCUCUACCUCCGGAUGAGCGAGAAAAGUUCCUGAUAGAGCAGUUCUCAGAUCUGCCAAAAGUACAUCGCGAAAAAUGGCUGCAAAUCGCUUCGUUAACCACAGAGGAGCGAGACAAAAUUUUCCGCGAAAACUUUGGCGAUAUAUCGACUGAACAGAAGCAGAAGAUGAUACGCGAACAAUAUUCUGCCCUGAAGACUGAGGAUAGAGAGAGAUUGUUCAAAGAAAAUUUCCCUGAACUACCCGUAGAACAGAGGCAGAAAUUUGAAUUUGCUCUACUCAGUGACUGGAAGGGAAAGGACGAAGAAAAAUGGGAUGAGAAUCAAAUAGAUUCUAAGAAUGAUGACGAGGAAAUAUUUAACAUGGAUAACAUUGAUGGUGAUGAACCUAAGCCGGCUUCAGUUUCAACUCCUAAAACAUUCAAUGCUGUGGCUUCAAAUGAGAGAAUUCGAAAGAUAAGUGUUGUGAAAAACGAUUUCCGACCAAUAAAUGAUGACCCGCAGAGCAGCUGCAAGGAAAAAUCUAGCGAUGAAUCGAAUAUCUCUUUGUCUAAGAAAAACUCCAAAGAUGAAACAGUUGAGGAGACUAAAGUGAGCAACGCGUCUAAGAGAAAGCGUAAGAGGAAGAGCAUCAUGAAGAAGAAGGGUGCACAAAGAAAAACCAGCAAUGGAAGUAGUAGCCAAACUGAAAUGAGCGAAAACGACGUUCUUGCUGCUGACGAGUCUCAGAGCGAGCCGUUGUUAAAGGGGCCCAGUCCAGUUGUCGAGGUUGAGUCCAAGAAUUCAUCGUCAGAGCUAAUCGAAACCCACUCCACUUCACUGUCGCAGGACAUAGCAGUACCACGUGCUGAAACUGAUUUUCAUUUCUUCAGUGAUACAGAGAUCACCAAAAAUCGAGAAUCCCGGAAUCGUUCUCCAGUCCAAUCUGACACCGAAUUUGAGAUCCGCAAGCUUAGCGAAGACAGGGCAGAAAUUGAAGAUGAAAAAACGCAUCAACAGAGCUGGAGAUGGGGCGAAUUGCCAAGCCCUCCGCCCGAUUCUACUUUAUCCUCGCACAGAACUUCAAUGAAUGCCUCAGCCACGGCGAACCAAACAAAUGAUUUCGAAGCCCAUCAAUCAAUCCUCAGCCGAACACUGGCCUACAUGAAGAGGAGUAACUCCCGCUUUGUUCGCAACCCUGAAUCAGAUGGAAUUUAUCUGAGCGAUCUCAAUGCGGAUGAACUUGAUCCCGAAGUUGCUGCACUUUAUUUGCCAACAUCCCAUCGUCGUACCACAAUUCCUAAAGGUGAGAAAAGCGUCGACGAAGAAGACGCAGAGUCAGGAAAUGGCCCAAGUCUGCCCCAGAGUCCUAAUAGCGUAGAAGGUGCCAUUGGUGGCCCAAAAUCUCUAGAUAGUGAUUUCGAAGAGCCAAAACAUACUCUUUUUGAAAAUACUGCAGAUGUUUUAUUGUCUCUUUGCGGAGGAUUAGAUUCUAAGGAUGGUCCAUCGGAGGAAGCUUUCCAUCAAAAUCUGCUUCAGUUUGAGGAUGUCUGUAACGAUCCAAAGUUAUUUGAAAAUCCAAAUUUGGUGAUAAAAAUUAAUGGAAAAUUCUACAACUGGGCCAUGGCAUGUCCCAUCGUUGUUACUCUCGCUGUAUUCCAAAGACAUCUGCCGCAUAACGUUGUCGACAAUUUGUGCUCUCGUUAUAUGUCAACCCCGGUGCAUGAAGACAAAAAACAACAGAGUGGAGUGAAAACCGAAGGUCGCAGUGGCUACAGCUCCUGGUUUUCAUGGAGCCGCUCAAGUCAACCACCUAAAAAAUCACAAGACUUGUCUCAAGUUGAUGGACCAAUAGUGGAAGAAGCACGUGCGCAGCUAGUCGGAGCCAAAGAAGUAUCUACUCCUGAAGAUAUGCCCUCUGUAAGUAUCAGAAUGGAACCAAAAGACGACGAAGUUAUUGACAUACCGUUAGAAACUGAAACUGCGGUUCAGACUAGUUUCCCAAGUACACCAGAGGAAUCAAUUCUCGAUAAACCAAAUAAAGAACGAGGUGAACGAGAGGGUGAAGGCUACAGCGGAAGCGAAGAUUCUGACAGCAAUCGGAAUGAGCCUCAAGGAGUAAAAAUACCAAUCGAAAGAAGAUCCUAUUAUGAACCGACCGAGAAAUAUAGGAAGACACUCAGACUGUCCUCUGAACAAAUCGAAAGCCUCAAUCUCAAAGAAGGACCUAAUGAGGUUGUAUUCAGCGUGACGACUGCUUACCAAGGCACCACGCGAUGCAGAUGUCACAUCUACAGAUGGAAAUGGGAUGACAAAAUAGUAAUCUCCGACAUUGACGGCACAAUAACUAAGUCCGAUGUACUUGGACACAUUCUGCCCAUUGUUGGAAAAGACUGGGCCCAGUCUGGUGUAGCUCAGCUUUUCACCAAAAUUAAAAACAAUGGAUACAAGCUACUGUAUCUCUCGGCAAGAGCUAUUGGUCAAGCCAGGCUCACUAGAGAAUAUUUGAAGAGCAUUAAACAAGGAGAUUUGUCUCUGCCCGAAGGACCACUGCUUCUUAAUCCUACGAGCCUAUUAUCUGCUUUCCAUCGAGAAGUCAUAGAGAAAAAACCAGAACAAUUCAAAAUCUCUUGCCUUAGCGAUAUUCAAGCCUUGUUCCCGGAGGAUGUAAAACCUUUUUAUGCUGGAUACGGGAACCGCAUAAACGAUGUGUGGGCGUAUAGAGCAGUAGGCAUUCCUAUCGUGAGAAUAUUUACUAUUAAUCAUCGUGGAGAAUUGAAGCAUGAGCUAACGCAGACAUUCCAAUCUUCAUACUCGAACAUGAGCUACAUCGUAGAUCAUCUCUUCCCACCGCUGCCCGAAGAUGCAACAGACGAGUUUAGCAAUUUUGCUUAUUGGCGUGAGCCUAUUCUUGAGAUUCCGGAUUUGGAGGUACUCAAUAUCGAUACUCAAACAACGCAAUAAUAAAUCUAUAUUUGGCACCAGAGCAAUAAUAAAACUGCUCAUUAUUUAUUGAACCAGUUGUUCUAUCUAGCUAAGUUUUAUACUAUGCGUAUCAAUGCGGCUGAACCUGGCUGACGUAUUGCUGCAAAUGACUUCUGCAUAAUGUUUUGUCUACCCUCCGAUGAUUGGUGAAGAGAUAAAGAAAAGAUCACGUUUUAAAGUCAUGUCACAACCUCACCAAUUUGAGAAAUUUGUUGUUGGCAUUGAAAUGUUUUCCAGUCAUUCGGCUACUUGUUAAUAAACGUGAUAAUCCACUCGAGCAUAUUGUAGUCUACGGUGUUUAAUUCCAAAAACAUUCCAAGAUAGGUGAUAUUCAAUGAAACUUAAAGACACCUGUUGUUUAUUCAUUUGUCACUCUCGGUUCCAGUUCCUUGCCUGCAAACGUCACAAAGGUUUCACGCCAUACCUAGCGGCUUAAGCAACAAAAAUGCCCAAAUUUUCUUGAAAGGAAUAUAUUUACCACUAUAAUUCUGAAUUUGGCUUCCAACGACAACGCCUUUGUUGUGAUAAAGGUGAGAUAAUAGGUAUGAAAAAUCCAAUGCCAUCUUCGGAUUUAGAGUGGUUUUCAUUAUUAUUCAACUACCACUAGGGUAUAUAAUAUUCACUUCGUGUAUUGUCCAUGUUACUCAGACAUUUAAUAUUUAUUUUUGUACGGGAUCUAUAUUCAGUUGGUAUGGCUAGAAGAUAUUGGCAAGUUGGAAUAUACGAAAACUGACUUUUGGAUUGUGAUAUUCUGAGAGAAUGAGUAGAUAUAUUUAUUUAACAAAAUUUAGUAUCCGUUUAAAUUGUUUUAAGUUACAUGAACUGAAACGGAUCUAAAUAACUUUUUAGAUAUGUCGUCUAAUUUAUUUGUUAUAAAUAUGAAUUAAUUUUUAACUUUUCAGGGUAAAUUAUGCAUACACCUAUAAUAAUAUAUAUAUUUAUUGUCAAAUAAAACUAUUAGAUUCUAAUAGGUUCGAAACAUUUAAUGAGAAACUAAAAAGAAAAUGAUUUUUUUCCCACGUGAUAAUAUUUGUUAAUUACCUUAUGAUUAUUAUUUUUAUAAUUAGUUAUAUUAUCAUUAGCACUAGCGCUUUUCUUAUUAUUAUCAUCAUUAUUAUUGUUAUUAUUUCCAUGUUUAGUAGUUGGAUCUAAUUUCUUUUCUUCGUUUUUUUUUUCAAUAACUGCUCUCCAUUUCAUUUCACAUUAAGUAAUUAUCAAACGCUAAUCAACAAUGCAAUGUAUGAUUACUUUACCAAAGAAAACCGCUCCACUUACAAUUAGAGAGUGCACUUGCCCAUAUAAAUAGUGAAAAGUUGGAGAUCUAUACACAGUCUCGUAAAAUGUCAGGCCACUCAGUUGUAUAUAUUCAUUUUUAUAGAACAGUUGAUGAAUAUGUUUGUUUUUAUUUUGUCUUAUUUCAAGAAGCAUAAAAAGUUCAUAUGAAGAGUGACAACAAAUGGUAUCAUACAUGCGUAAUUUAAGUACACUUGUAUGCCUAGUUGUCAUUCAUUGACUUAUAUCUACAGGUUUAUUCAUUAAAGUUGUGUAUCAUUUAGUAAGACAUGUAUAUACUAUAUUGGAAUUAGUUAUGUAAGCCAAAUUAUGUAAAUUAUAUGAAUUUAUUUUGUAACAAGGUAUUAUUAAUUUUCGUUGAUUGUUAUAUUAUUAUAAUUAUAAAUAUCAUUAGUAAUAUGUCGUUAGAAGAUGAACGUUUGAAAUUUCGAAUCUUCCUCAUGUCCAGUUACCAAUUUGGUCUGGAUCAACCCUAGAUGGUAUGACGAUCUGAAUUUCUGUGAUUUGAGAAACAUGAACAAAACGUUUGGCUUAGAAUUUAAUCCGCUCACUUCGCUUUAUAUUCUGUGUCGUCACAUACUUGUUAACAAUACAUUCAAAUAGUAAAUUAUAAGUGUAACUGAGUAAACCUUUAUUAUCGGAGAGUUGAAACAGCUUAUAGAAUACAAGUUGAAAUCAUUAGAUUCUAAUAUAGUAUGAGCAUGGCGCGAGGCCUUAUGCUCUAAAUUCCUGAUUUAACCAGUGCGCUACGUGCAGCUGUCCGUUCUGCAUCUAGAUUAUUCUUGAAAACUUCACCCAAAGUCUGAGAAUAUGUAUCGAAAAAUAUAAUGAAAAAGCUAUUGAAUGUUUAAUCCGAACAUUAAAAAGCAAGCAUUGAUAGAUUUCAAUGAACUUGUUAAAGGUGUGAUGUUAGCUGCUUGAUCGAAGACUCAUCAUCUCCAAGGGUUGAAACCACAAAAAUUUUACCUAUAAUAGCUCACAGCUUCUCUCCAUCAUUUUAUGUCGCCAAAGCUGAGUCAUGUCAACUCAAAUGAGCCCUCAGAAUUUUUGGCUUGGGUAAGAUUAAAAUUUUCUCAAAGCUGAAGACUUCAGUUGUUGAAGGACCAAUUUCAGAAUACUAAGAACAAGCUGUGGACUCGAUGAUUUGAUAUGAAACUGUUAAAAAGUAUUGUCAUAGCUCUCUGUGCAACAGCUUAUUCAGUGUUAUAAAAUCUUAGCUUGUAAUCUCCAUGAAUUUUAUGCAAUAAAGGAAAAAAAUAAUUGCUACUUAAAA